GUAAUAUUUUUUUUAUCGCGACUGAUCUGAGGUCGGUUUUGAAGUGGAAACGCAUCAGAAAGAGGAAGUGCAGCGAACUUAUGUGUUCCUCAUCACAGCCGGACAGAAACCGAGCGAUCACAAGGACGAGUGAGUGUUUUCAUCCAGUCAAGAAUCCACAAAAGGAAAGAUGUCAUGCCUCAAGUGCCUAAAAUACACCAUGUGUGCGGUGAACUUCAUCUUCUUUCUUUGCGGAGCUGCUGUAUUUGGAUUGGGGAUCUACAUGAGCACCACGGCCAAGUACUUGUCCCUCUUCCCAUCCUUGUCAGCCGUGAACUUGGCCAGCGCGCUCUUCGUCCUCGGCAUAUUUGUCACCUGUGUGUCCUUCCUGGGUUUCCUGGGGGCCCUUAAGGAAAACCGCUGCCUCUUGAUUUCUUUUUUCAUUCUCUUGUUCCUGCUGAUGUUGGCCGAGCUGACCGUGGCCUGCCUCCUGCUUUUGUACGAGCACGAUAUUGACAGGUUCAUCAUGGAAGAACUGACGAACAGCCUCAGCAAAGAGCAAAAUGGAGGAGCAAAUAACGCAACCAUUGACUGGAACACCAUUCAGGAAACUUUCCAGUGCUGUGGAGUAAAAAACGCAUCGGAUUGGGGAACAGCUAUACCGGCUUCAUGUUGCUCUACAGCGCCAUGUACAAUCACCACAGCCUGGAAGGGCUGCUAUUUGAAACUGAAGGACUGGUUUGAACACAAUCUUCUAGGAACCGGGAUCGCAGUCAUCAUCAUAUGCAGCAUCGAGGUUUUGGGUAUGUGCUUCUCCAUGACCCUGUUCUGCCACAUCAGCAAAACUGGACUUGGAUACAAGUGAACGGCCAUGUCAGAUUUCCCACAAUGCAGAAGAGAGACAAAGAGGAGUGGAAGAGAAUGGCUGAGAAAGCUUGUCCUCCAUUUACACCAUUAUCAUUUCAUCAUUAAACUUCGCGACUCUCCUCUAGAUGACUAUUCUGAUAUAUAAAUUGUGAACAUGACACACGUGUACUGGUGCGCAGUUUAAUUAACGCAUACGAAUUUAUACGUUCUGGCGAAUGAAUUAUGCCAUUUCCAUAUUUCCAUAAAUUGUAUUGCGUGUACAGGAAAAGCAUAUGAGACUGGAUCAAUGGUAAACUAUAAUGACAGAACGCUGCCUUCUUAAUCGUUACGUCAAAUAUAGUAUAGUGCAAUAUCAGGCUGGACCAAAUAUACUGAUAUAUAUUCCCAGUUUUAUUCAGCUAUUGGAUCAUCAUCUUUUUUUUUUAAUGAUAAUACUGACAUCAGAACAUGUUGCAGUCUUUAACACAAGCACUUUUAUGAGAUGUAUUAGCCGUUCCAAUGUGCAAUUUAACUUCAUGUAACAUGUAAAGCCCGCUCCCAUGCCCAAAAGUCCACAUACAUGGAAAUUGCUGUCUAAAUUCCCCAAAUUUACUUUUUAUGUACCUGUAUAGUUGAGGAUACCAUGCUAAGUGUGCAUGUUGUUUAUUUUAUUUUAAUAUAAUCUUAAAUAUCAUGUUCCUUAAUAGGGAAGUAGUUGGUGUACUAUACUGUAUUUUUACAUUUUUAUUUCCAUUUUUUUCUAGAACUAUAAACUCCACUGUACAUAGCUAAACCUUAUUUAAGUUUAGCUUUAGACAUGAACAUUAUUUGUGUUCUUUUCUUGCAUUGUUAUUACUUUGCUAACUGCUGCACAUUGCUACUUCCUCUUUGCCAGUAAAAAAAUAAACUUUUCGGGUGAAAAAGUA